UGACUACGUGAGACCGGAGACGUGUGCCGUGUCUGUGUAGUGUUGUUAUUGUAUUGGUGGUGUUUGGCUGGCUGUUAUUUUGUUCUCGUGGCAAAUUGACUGUAUAGUAACGUACAACAGUAAGCAACCGACUGUUUGCCGUAGUUGACUGCUGAACGAAUUCCGUCAUCUUCCGACGCCCUAAUAGCAAUAUCGUUUUUCCUGUACAGUUGGACGUCUUGAUUGUGAUUAAAAAUGAGGAACUCGCGUACUAACAAACCAAAGGAGACCAACAAACAGAAGAAGGAGAGAAAGAAGGAAUUCUUGGAAAACAAAAAAAAUGUUGUUUCAGUUGUGUUGCCCACUUUGACCGUCAUAUUUGCUCUCAUCACGCUAUUCAUCUACUUGAAGGUGCAUCCAAAUGCAUUAAACUUCAUGGCUUCUGAAAAACCACUCUAAAUAAUGGAUCUAAUGAUUAUAAUAUCAUAUCUUUUUCAUUCCCUUCUAUUGUACACAUAAUUAUCCCCAAUU